CUCUAUUAAUUAGCAACUGGCCAUGGCAACGACUGGCGAGCAGAUCGAGGCAGCCAUUCUUGGCCAGCUUCAGACGAGCAACAUUGACAACUCUGUGUCAUGGGCAGAGGAGAAUGGUUUAGAACGCAAAGCUGUUGAGUCGGUCAUCAAGUCCCUCACUUCAGAUGAGACCGUGACUGCUAUCUCCUCCACUUCGGUCGCCUUCAAGCUCACCCCGGCCGGUGACGCCGUCCUCGCUUCGGGCUCGCCCGAGUUCCAUAUUCUCGUCACCGUUGCCGAGCGGGCUGCUGCUGGCAACCCUGUGUCAGCCAAGGACAAGGAGGCGUUUGCGGCGCAGGACAAGGGUCGCGCUAUGAAGUCCAAGUGGAUCAAGGUCGACAAGGCGUCGGGCAACCUGGUUGCGGUGGCCGAUGUGGGUGAGGUUGUGGACGAGACCAAGGUGCAGCUGUCCAAGGUGUUUACGGGAAAGAGCGAGGAGGUUGCCGGUAAGGUGAUGAAGGAUCUGAAGAAGCGCGGGUUUGUGGCCGAGGUCAAGACCGUCUCGUACGCGGUGAGCAAGGGGAGCAACUACGCGCCGGUGCGGCAGAAGCCCAAGACGGACCUGACUGUGGAGAUGCUGGCGUCGGGCGAGUGGCAGUCGCUCAAGUUCAAGCCGCUCAACCUCAAGGCCAAGGGCCGGCCGCUGACGGGCGGGUACCUGCACCCGUUGAUGAAGGUGCGGACGCAGUUCCGCGAGAUCUUCCUUGAGAUGGGCUUCGAGGAGAUGCCGACGAACCAGUUUGUGGAGUCGUCGUUCUGGAACUUUGACUCGCUCUUCCAGCCGCAGCAGCACCCUGCUCGCGAUGCGCACGAUACGUUCUUUGUGUCGGACCCGGCGCGGACGCUGACCAUCCCGGCCGACUACAUGGAGCGGGUGCGGAAGCAGCACGAGGUGGGCGGCUAUGGCUCGAUUGGCUACCGCUACGACUGGUCGGAGGACGAGGCGCGAAAGAACAUUCUGCGGACGCACACGACGGCGGUCUCGUCGCGGAUGCUGUACGAGCUGGCGCAGGCUGACGAGUUCAAGCCGAAGAAGUACUUUUCCAUCGAUCGGGUGACUCGCAACGAGACGCCCGAUGCUACCCACCUGGCUGAGUUCCACCAGGUUGAGGGCCUCAUUGUCGACCGCAACGUGACGCUCGGCGACCUCAUCGGCGUCCUCAACGAGUUCUUCAAGAAGCUCGGCAUCGACAAGCUGCGGUUCAAGCCGGCGUACAACCCGUACACCGAGCCGUCGAUGGAGAUCUUCUCGUGGCACGAGGGCUCGGGUAAGUGGCUCGAGAUUGGCAACUCGGGCGUCUUCCGCCCGGAGAUGCUCCGCCCGAUGGGCAUGCCUGAGGAUGUUUCGUGCAUUGCCUGGGGCCUCUCGCUCGAGCGCCCGACCAUGAUCAAGUACGGCAUCAAGAACAUUCGCGACCUGUUCGGCCACGAGUGCUCGCUUGCUUUUUCGCGGACCGCCACCAUCUGCGACAUGACGCUCGAGCGCCACCCGCCGGCGUCAGCUGCCUCAUCGUCUUCUGCGUAAACGAAGGUUCAUGAAUGGCAA